UAUUUUUUUUUAUUUUCUUUGAAUCAAUUUGUACGUGUUGGUAGUCUUUUGUCUACGUUCGUCCUUUUGACAUUGAAACCAAACCUGAACUUCCAUUUUCAGAAAUAAUAUUAUUAUAUUAUUUAAAAAGAAAAAUUAGAAAUUCUUGGUUUUCUAGUGCCUAUAUAAGAGAGUCAUUCUGUGUAGAAGAGGAGAGAUAAAGUUUUGGGCUUUAAUGGAGAGUACAAAAACAAACGGUGUUGAUUCAACUAUGGAGAAGAAGAAUGUAGCUUUGGGUGGUGGUGUUGAGGAUGUUUAUGGUGAGGAUAGUGCCACGGAGGAUCAGCUUAUCACCCCUUGGACCGUCUCCGUUGCUAGUGGGUAUACAUUGUUGAGAGACCCACGCCACAAUAAAGGGCUUGCUUUCAAUGAGAAAGAGAGGGAUGCUCAUUACUUGCGUGGCCUUCUGCCUCCAGCACUUCUCACUCAGGAGCUCCAGGAGAAAAAGUUGAUGCAAUUGCUUCGUCAGUAUAAAGUUCCUUUGCAACGAUACAUGGCCAUGAUGGAUCUCCAGGAGCGGAAUGAAAGGCUAUUUUAUAAGCUUUUGAUUGAUAAUGUCGAGGAACUGCUGCCUGUUGUGUAUACUCCCACAGUUGGUGAAGCUUGCCAGAAAUAUGGAAGCAUUUUCAGGCGACCUCAGGGCCUCUACAUCAGCUUGAAGGAGAAGGGCAAGAUUCUUGAAGUAUUGAAGAACUGGCCAGAAAGAAAUAUACAGGUUAUUGUUGUUACUGAUGGUGAGCGUAUCUUGGGACUUGGAGAUCUUGGUUGUCAGGGAAUGGGGAUUCCUGUCGGAAAACUCGCUUUGUAUACUGCACUGGGGGGAAUACGUCCUUCAGCAUGUCUGCCUGUUACUAUUGAUGUUGGCACAAACAAUGAGCAAUUGUUGAAUGAUGAGUUCUAUAUUGGUCUAAAACAAAAGAGGGCAACUGGACAGGAAUACGCUGAACUUCUAGAGGAGUUCGUGACGGCAGUUAAGCAGAGCUACGGGGAGAAAGUCCUUAUACAAUUUGAAGAUUUCGCAAAUCACAAUGCAUUCGAGCUACUGGCAAAAUACAGAUCAAGUCAUCUAGUUUUCAAUGAUGAUAUACAGGGAACAGCAUCUGUGGUGCUAUCAGGACUUCUCGCAGCUUUGAAAUUAGUUGGCGGAACCUUGGCCGACCAUAAAUUCUUAUUCUUGGGUGCUGGAGAGGCCGGAACUGGUAUAGCUGAGCUUAUAGCACUUGAGAUAUCAAAACAGACGAAAGCUCCACUUGAAGAGGCUCGCAAGAAGCUUUGGCUUGUGGACUCAAAGGGACUGAUCGUUAGCUCACGUAAAGAAUCACUUCAACACUUCAAGAAGCCUUGGGCUCAUGACCAUGAACCUGUCAAAGGACUUUUGGGUGCUGUUAAGGCAAUCAAGCCGACAGUCUUGAUUGGAACAUCCGGAGUUGGAAAAACAUUCACAAAGGAGGUGGUUGAGGCCAUGGCAUCCUUCAAUGAGAAACCUGUAAUUCUUGCUCUCUCCAAUCCUACUUCACAAUCUGAGUGUACAGCUGAAGAAGCUUACACGUGGAGUGAGGGCCGUGCUAUCUAUGCCAGCGGAAGUCCAUUUGACCCUGUUGAAUAUAAUGGGAAAGUUUUCGUGCCUGGCCAGUCGAACAAUGCUUACAUAUUCCCUGGAUUUGGUUUGGGGUUGAUCAUUUCUGGCGCAAUUCGUGUGCACGAUGACAUGCUUUUGGCAGCCUCGGAAGCUUUGGCUGCACAAGUGACACAGGAAAAUUUUGACAAGGGACUUAUUUACCCUCCAUUUGCCAACAUCCGGAAGAUUUCAGCCCACAUUGCUGCUAAGGUUGCUGCUAAAGCAUAUGAACUUGGUCUGGCGUCCCAUCUCCCACGUCCCAAGGAUCUUGUUCAGCAUGCAGAGAGCUGCAUGUACAGCCCAGUCUACCGAUGCUAUCGUUAAGCCUGCGGUGUUUUUUUGCACAUUUUGGGGCCUGCAAUUUGCUCUGAACCUUUUCUGUUUCGAUUUUAGUUUAUCUGAUUUUUAUUCCUUCUUUUCAAUGACUGAAUUGCAAUUCAGUCCUCAAUCUAUGAUUAGUUUAGUUUAGUUCUCAGUCAGUUGGUAUCAAAGCUUUUGCGGCUAUCCUUGCCUUAUUUUUCAUUUCCCUGAGAACGUAGAUUAUUUCCUUUUAUUCCACUUGAUUGAAUUAUAAUAUUCGUGUAUCGGAAGAAAUCUAUUAAUAAGACGUUUUUCUAUUUAUUUACAA